AUAACAUUAUUACUAUAAUGUGAAAAAAAAAUAAAUACUAAGUAUAAAUAAAAACGUCUGAUGUCCCCCGCACCGCCCCGAACAACGAUUGCAGAUUGCAGACAGACGUGGCAGACAUAGCGGCGACGACCGCGUCUGCCAAGGUCAACCCCUUCUCGUGUCUGCGCUCGAACGAUGGUCAGUCGCUGCUGUCCAAGGGAUUCGUAUUCGCCGACGUCGACACGUCGUCUUCACUGUUCAUUUGGUCGCAAGGUUUCCGAUCGAACACAGCCCGACACACGACUUUUACUUUAGACACUGUCCCUUGCCACCACCCCGUCUGACUAUAAAUUUCAAUAAAAAUCGUACAACUAUAAUGGCUGACUUACUGGUGGACAUGGACUACGCCAUAAUGACCAUCAACUCGCAGAUAGUGUACAAGCCGACCAGCCAGCGCGAUGACCCGGAGCCCGACAACGACCGCGAGGUGUACGUGGGAAACUUGCCGCAACACUACACCAUCGAGAAGUUCGUCAACUUUGCUAAAAAAUGUGGUCCAAUUUACAGUGUGCGACUACUAAAAGGCAGUGGAGGUUUAAAUAAAGGUUUUGGUUAUAUAAUGUAUAGAAGUUUAGCUGCAGUUGACAUUGCCAUAGAAACAUAUAAUGGAACAUUCUUGACAGAAAGUGAUACUAAUAAGCCACUGAUUGUUCAAAAGAGCCUACGCAAUACAAUUAUGAUGAUAUAUGGGCUAUCACAAAGAAACAACAAUAAAUACUACAUCAGAACUGAAAUAAACUAUUUUGUGAUCAACCAUCCAUCGUUAUUGCUGAAAUUUGAAUGUGAAGAUGAUACAAAGUUAUUCAUAUCUUUUAAAUCAUUAAAAGCAGCACAAAUUUUUAAGAAAAAACUAAAAGAUGCGUUUCAUAUGUAUGGAGCUAAAAUGUAUUAUUUUAAUGAUACAGAAAAUUGGAGAGCCAAAGCUUAA